AUGAUCACAAGAAGGGCGUCUUCAUGCCUGCGGCUGGUCAAGCAAAGCACAUGCAAGCGGUCCUCUAAUAGCCAUGGCUUCAGCCAGAAACGAUUCGCCAGCAGUGCAUCUACUCCUGCAACAGCUUCGAGCACAACACCAUCUGCAGCAUCUCAAAUCGGCCUCAUAACGGGAGAGCUUGAUAAGCUUUCGCCUCGCUUCGAUGUUUCCGCCGACUCGAUCGAGAUCUUGAAGUCUCCUGCAGAGUUCUAUCAAACGCUCAAGACGAAGAUCAGCAAAGCACAGAAGAGGAUCUACCUUUCAACGCUGUACAUUGGGAAGAGUGAACAUGAGCUGAUCGACACCAUUCGCGCUGCACUCAAAGCGAAUCCGAACCUGAAAGUCUCGCUUCUAACAGACUAUCUGAGAGGAACCCGCGAGGCUCCAAAUCCGUCAUGUGCAAGUUUGCUUGCUUCCCUGGUGUCCGACUUCGGACCGGAUCGAGUUGAUGUCCGGAUGUACCACACCCCGAACCUGACCGGCACUCGCAAGGCGAUUCUUCCGAAGAGAAUCAACGAAGGCUGGGGUUUACAACACAUGAAGCUCUAUGGUAUCGAUGAUGAGAUCAUCAUGUCUGGGGCAAAUCUGUCGGAUGACUACUUCACGAACCGUCAAGAUCGAUACCACGUGUUCAAGUCCGCGGAGAUCACAGAGUAUUUUUCGAAACUGUAUCGUACGGUGGCCAGCCUAAGCUAUCGGGUGAGUCCUUCAAACACGGAUGCCAGCGGCUUCACGAUGGAAUGGCCGGACGACAAUGUGCAGCCAGCUCCUCUAUCCGAUCCGAAAGGAUACAUCAAAGCCGCAACUCAAGCUCUGGAGCCGCUCGCAAGACCAAGUUCUAAGUCUACAGCGAGCCACUCCGAAUCAGACACUCAUGUCUACCCACUUCUUCAACUCACGCCUUUACUCAAACCCGACACGUCCACUGAACUCCCGGCAUUGACAGGUCUGCUCCGUCGUCUCGGCACUCCUGAAUUCGCCGGCUCACAAUGGACGUUCACUGCAGGGUACUUCAACAUGACGCCAGAGACCCGACAACUUCUCCUCCAAUCAAAACCUUCGUCAGCCACUGUCGUUGCGGCUUCCCCGUGGGCCAACGGAUUCUAUGGCAGUAGAGGCAUCAGCGGCAUGCUUCCAGCCGCAUAUACCCUCCUGUCCCGUCGAUUCUUAGACGCAGUGUCAAAAGAAGGACUCAGCCAGCAAAUCUCCGUCAAAGAAUGGCGCAAAGGUACAGUCAACACUCCAGGUGGCUGGACCUACCACGCGAAGGGCAUUUGGGUGACAUUACCCGGCGAGCAAAACCCUAGCGUCAGUCUGAUCGGCAGCUCGAACUACACGAAGAGGAGUUACUCUCUGGACUUGGAGGCCAACACGCUCAUUGUCACGCGUAACACGGAUCUGCAAAAGAGGCUGGGAGAUGAGGAGCGGUGGCUGCAGGAAUAUGCUACGCCGAUGACCCGUGACGACUAUGCGAAGACGGAACGGAGAGUAGGGCUGAAGGUGCGGUUGGCGAUGUGGAUUGUCACGUUAGUGGGAGGAGCGUUGUGA